AUCCCAUCUCAGAUUCGACGGUUCCGCAUAGAAAGCGCUACCUGCAUCUGCUGUGACUUACAGCACCAGCACCCACUGAGUGGCAUGCCGCUGAUGUGCGACAAGGACCAGGUGCUCCACGGAAUGGCAGAGGAGUCUUUCAGUGGUGCAAAGAUGCUCACGGGCUUCAAUGCCAUGGUGCGAGAACGAGCGCCCACUCUAGAGCGACUGGCAUCAAUCACUGUGUCUCAACCCAUGCUCGAACUGCUAAGCACCUGUGUGCUGCCAUCGUUGCCUCGGUACAUUCUACUCUGGUGGCUGGGUCCUACCGAGCCGUUGGCUUUUUGGGAUCUCCAGGUCUGGAGCACUUUGCUUGCGAUCCGCUGGAUGAGUCUGUUCCUGAUGUUGGUCUUCUCGCUUCUUCUGCUCCUGGUGCUUUCCAAGGCCGGCCAAGUGCUGGGCAGCCGCUUGCCGCCAGUCUUGUUGCGAAUUGCUUUGUCCUCUACGUACCUGGUGGGACUGGCACUGGCCUGGAUUCCGCUGCGGCUAU